UACAUGGAGAAUAGGAACAAUGUGACCGAGUUUGUUCUCCUGGGACUCACGCAGAAUCCAAAGAUGCAGAAGCUCAUAUUUUUUAUGUUUUUGGUGGUCUACAUCGUCUCUAUGGUAGGAAAUGUACUCACCUUGGUGACCAUCACUGCCAGCUCAUUAUUGGUGUCCCCCAUGUACUUUUUCCUGGCCCAUCUCUCUUUUAUUGAUGCCUGCUAUUCUUGUGUCAAUACCCCUAAACUGAUUGUAGAUUCACUCCUUGACAAGAAAACCAGCCCCUUCAAUGAAUGCAUGACACAAAUCUUUGGGGAACAUUUAUUUGGAGGCGUUGAUGUCAUCCUGCUUACUGUGAUGGCCUAUGACCUCUACAUGGCCAUCUGCAAGCCCUUGCACUAUACAACCAUCAUGAACUGGCAGGUGUGUUGGUUGCUAAUUGGAGUGGUAUGGGUGGGAGGUUUUCUUCAUGCAACUAUACAGAUCCUCUUCAUCCUCCAAUUACCCUUCUGUGGCCCUAAUGUCAUAGAUCACUUUAUGUGUGACCUGAACCCCUUGCUCGAUCUUGCCUGCACUGUUACCCACACUCUAGGGUUCUUUGUUGCUGCCAACAGUGGUUUCCUCUGUCUGUUGAACUUCCUCCUCUUGAUUGGCUCCUAUGUGAUCAUUCUGUGCUCCCUAAGGACCCAAAGCUUGGAGGCAAGGCACAAGGCCCUCUCUACUUGUGUACCCCACAUCAUAGCAGUCACCCUCUUCCUUGUGCCCUGCUUAUUUGUGUACCUGAGACCAGCAGCUACUUUACCUAUUGACAAAGCAGUUACAGUAUUCUACACUAUGAUAACUCCCAUGUUGAAUCCCUUAAUCUAUACCUUGAGAAAUGCUCAGAUGAAAAAUGCAAUUAGGAAUUUGUGUAGUAGGAAACCUAUUGCAGGUGAUAAACGAAAGGUGCGUGGAGCCUAG